GUGCACUCCGGUCGCUGCCGCCAUCCUGCUGGCGAAAGAGAGGAGAGAGACAGAGAGGCCCGCCCGCUAGCCGGCCCGGCCAGUGUGGGCCAGUGCGUGAGGGCGCGGGGGGCCGUGUCAGCGCGACGCAGAGCGCAGCCGCCACCGCCAAACGGACAUGUUGGAGCCCCGCGCUGCCGCCACCUCCCAUCCCUCUUCCAGCGCACGGGACUGAGCAGGGGCCCGCCGCCUCUGCCUGCGCUCGACCGGCCCAGCCUCGCAGCCUCGGCCGCAGCCCCUUCCUGCUCGGCCUCGGCCUCCGCCGCUCGUCGCCUCCCGUCCUCCUUCCCCCUACGCCCUAGGGCCCUGCCGGCUCCCGGCCCCACUCAGCCGCGGCUCGAGGUCUAUGUGACCGGCGGGCCCGGAGCAGCCGCCGCCGCCGCAACGCGAACAUGGACGCCGUCAACGCCUUCAACCAGGAGCUCUUCUCACUUAUGGAUAUGAAACCUCCCAUCUCUAGAGCCAAGAUGAUCCUCAUUACUAAAGCUGCUAUUAAAGCUAUUAAGCUUUAUAAGCACGUUGUUCAAAUAGUAGAAAAGUUCAUCAAAAAGUGUAAGCCAGAGUACAAGGUUCCAGGCCUAUAUGUCAUCGACUCCAUCGUGAGACAGUCUCGGCACCAGUUUGGAACUGAUAAAGAUGUUUUUGGGCCAAGAUUCUCUAAAAAUAUAACUGCUACAUUCCAGUAUUUAUAUCUUUGUCCAUCUGAAGAUAAGAGUAAAAUAGUUCGUGUGCUAAAUCUUUGGCAAAAAAAUGGAGUGUUCAAAAUUGAAAUUAUUCAGCCUCUUUUGGACAUGGCAGCAGGAACCACUAAUGCUGCACCAGUAGCAGAAAACGUCCCCAACAAUGAAGGCUCACCUCCACCCCCAGGAAAAGUCACUUCUGAACUUGCACAAGCUCCUACCAACUCCAUGCCUACUGUGCCGCAGCUGCCCAGCUCCGACGCCUUUGCCGCGGUUGCUCAACUGUUUCAGACAACUCAAGGCCAGCAGCUUCAGCAGAUCCUUCAGACUUUUCAACAACCUCCAAAACCACAGUCUCCCGCCCUUGACAGUGCUGUGAUGGCUCAGGUUCAGGCUAUCACAGCUCAGUUAAAGACAGCUCCUACACAACCACCUGAGCAAAAAACUGCAUUUGACAAGAAGCUGCUUGAUAGAUUCGACUAUGAUGACGAGCCGGAAGCUGUGGAAGACUCAAAGAAAGAGGACUCGGCUGCUAUCACCACCGCAGCCCUCGCCACGGCUGUGCCUCCUGCAUCCACUGCAGCCACACCUGCUAGUGCUCCUGCUGGGCCCACGCCCUCUGCUACCUCGCCCCCUCCUCCACAGGCCCCAUUUGGGUACCCUGGAGAUGGCAUGCAGCAGCCAGCAUACACACAGCAUCAAAAUAUGGACCAGUUUCAACCUCGAAUGAUGUCAAUGCAGCAAGAUACAAUGCACCACCAGGUUCCGAUUCCUCCUAAUGGACAGAUGCCAGGAUUUGGGCUUCUCUCUGCACCACCUCCAUUUCCUCCCAUGCCUCAGCCUGCCAUGGCACAGCCUGGGAUGCCUCAGCCUGCCAUGGCACAGCCUGGGAUGCCCCCGCCUGCCAUGGCACAGCCCGGGAUGCCCCCGCCUGCCAUGGCACAGCCUGGGAUGCCUCAGCCUGGCAUGCCACAGCCCGGGAUGCCACAGCCUGGGAUGCCUCAGCCCGGGAUGCCACAGCCUGGGAUGCCUCAGCCUGCCAUGGCACAGCCCGGGAUGCCACAGCCUGCCAUGGCACAGCCCGGGAUGCCCCAGCCUGCCAUGGCACAGCCUGGGAUGCCCCAGCCUGCCAUGGCACAGCCUGGGAUUCCUCCAACUCCAUCAGUACAGCCAACUUUUCAACCAACUUUUCAACCACAAAAUGAUCCCCAUUCACAAAAGCCACAUCCGCAGGAAAUGGAGGUAGACCAGCCUUGUGUUACAGAGGUUAAGCGGCAUGUGCCCGAGAGCAGAAAGUCGAGAUCCAGAUCACCAAAGAGGAGGAGAUCUAGGUCUGGCUCUAGGUCUCGGAGAUCCCGCCACCGUCGGUCUCGGUCUCGGUCCAGGGAUAGGCGUCGGCACUCACCUCGCUCUCGAUCUCAGGAAAGACGGGAUCGAGAAAAAGAGAGGGAGCGGCGGCAGAAAGGCCUCCCUCAGAUCAAGUCAGAAACUGCGAGUGUUUGUAGUACCACGCUGUGGGUGGGACAACUGGACAAAAGGACUACUCAGCAGGAUGUUGCCAGUCUCCUGGAAGAGUUUGGUCCAAUUGAAUCAAUUAAUAUGAUUCCUCCCAGGGGUUGUGCCUAUAUUGUUAUGGUUCAUAGACAAGAUGCAUACCGUGCCCUGCAGAAACUGAGCCGAGGAAACUAUAAAGUGAACCAGAAAUCCAUAAAGAUUGCCUGGGCCUUAAACAAAGGAAUAAAGGCAGACUAUAAACAGUAUUGGGAUGUUGAACUUGGUGUUACUUACAUUCCGUGGGACAAAGUCAAAGCCGAGGAGCUGGAGAGUUUCUGUGAAGGAGGCAUGUUGGACAGUGACACACUUAACCCAGAUUGGAAAGGCAUCCCCAAGAAGCCUGAAAAUGAAGUUGCCCAGAAUGGAGGUGCAGAAGCCUCCCACACAGAACCAGUGUCACCCAUACCUAAGCCUGUGCCUGUGCCUGUCCCUCCCAUUCCUGUUCCUGCUCCUAUAACAGUGCCACCUCCACAGGUCCCAGCACAUCAGCCGGGCCCUCCUGUUGUUGGUGCUCUGCAGCCGCCCGCAUUCACUCCUCCCCUAGGAAUCCCCCCUCCAGGCUUCGGCCCUGGUGUUCCUCCUCCUCCACCUCCUCCUCCUCCAUUUUUGCGCCCAGGAUUCAACCCAAUGCAUUUACCACCAGGUUUUCUUCCUCCUGGACCCCCACCUCCUAUAACUCCACCAGUGUCCAUUCCUCCACCUCACACUCCACCAAUAAGCAUCCCAAACUCUACUAUCGCUGGUAUAAAUGAAGAGACUACAAAAGACUUAUCUAUUGGAAAUCCCAUUCCAACAGUGGUGUCUGGGGCUAGAGGAAAUGCCGAGUCUGGUGACAGUGCGAAAAUGUAUGGUUCUGCUGGGCCACCUGCUGCACCCACGAAUCUGCCCACCCCUCCUGUAACCCAGCCUGUUUCACUGCUUGGCACUCAAGGAGUUGCCCCGGGUCCUGUCAUUGGGCUUCAGGCACCGUCUACGGGUCUUCUUGGUGCCAGACCCGGCCUGAUCCCACUCCAGCGCCCCCCAGGGAUGCCUCCACCACAUUUGCAACGGUUCCCUAUGAUGCCACCUCGGCCCAUGCCACCUCACAUGAUGCACAGGGGUCCGCCACCAGGACCAGGGGGCUUUGCUAUGCCCCCACCUCAUGGAAUGAAAGGGCCCUUCCCACCACACGGCCCCUUUGUUAGGCCUGGUGGAAUGCCAGGGCUUGGGGGCCCGGGGCCAGGCCCAGGAGGAUCAGAAGACCGAGAUGGAAGGCAGCAACAACCACAGCAGCAGCAGUCCCAGACCCAGCCGCAGGCGCAGCAGCAGCAACCGCAGCAGCAGCAGCAGCAGCCACCACAGCAGUCACCGUCCCAGCAGCCAGCACCGUCCCAGCCGCCAGCGCCAGCCCAGCAGCAGCCACAGCAGUUUAGAAAUGAUAACAGGCAGCAGUUCAACUCAGGUAGAGACCAAGAAAGGUUUGGAAGAAGAUCUUUUGGAAGUAGGGUGGAAAAUGACCGGGAACGGUAUGGGAGCCGUAAUGACGAUAGAGAUAAUAGUAACCGUGAAAGGAGAGAGUGGGGAAGAAGGAGUCCUGACCGGGACAGGCACAGAGACUUGGAAGAGAGAAGUAGACGAUCUAGUGGGCAUCGGGACAGGGACAGGGAUUCCAGAGAUAGAGAGUCCCGUAGAGAGAAGGAAGAAAAUCGAGGGAAAGAGAAGCACGAGGUGGCAGAUAGGGCAGGUGGUAACAAAGCUGGCGAACCUCCCCUUAGCCAAGUGGGAAAUAGAGACGCUGUUUCAGAACUUAAUAAGGGGGAGGCCAUGGCCACAGUGGUAAAACCUGAAGAGUCACCUGCUGAGGCUACCUCAUCCGUUGAAGCCGAGAAGGAUUCUGGCUCAGCAGCAGAGGCUCCUCGCUAGAGACUGGAUUUGACAGAAUGUGACAGUGACACUUGGGUGUAGAACGUGAGGUGUACAGAUGCUGUAUAAUAUUCGCUCCUGCUGCAUCACCCCACAGUAGUUGGUGGGGAUUGUAAGCAAUUUGAUUGCUUUCCUUCUAUUUAAAAAUAGUCACAAAAUAACAAAAAUACUGAAGAUAUAUUACCCUUUUUUUGCUGUAACUUUUUAAAAGUUUUGACUUUUAAAAGUUUACAAAUCCUAAUUAGAAGUGCUCUCUAUUUUUUUUUUUUUUUUAAUUUAAGACAAGGUAACGGUGAAAAGCUCCUCAAACAAUAGGGAUGUUUUUAAUAAACUCUAUUUUCGUAACAAA